AGUAGGCAGAGUCGGCAGAGUCCGGUUGGGCCGAUAAUGAAACCCCGCCACACACCUUCCACUAAAAUGGGGGAGAACCCCGGUGGGAGAUCAGCAAAAAACCCUUUUAAGUCUCAACACAAACUGAGGCCUUCCAGCAAAAAAAAAGGAACAGAUGGAGAAGGAAGAAAACAAGGUCAAAAAAGACAGCAGGUCACUCAGGCAGUUAAAAGGACAGUUAAGGAGCAGAGGGACUAUUCUCCUGUAGCAGGAGAAAACGGUUCUUCAAAAAAGGUGAAGCUUUCCAGUGCUGCAACAGGAUCUUGGCAGACUCUCUCAGAGAGCAGUAGGCGAUUUCUGGAAACUGUAGUGGAUUCAGCAGUACUAUCUGUUUUGUGCCAACAGAGGAAGGAAAAAGAUGAUGUUCAGAAGCACCUCAAUGUACUGAAAAACAGGAUGCUGAGAUGUUUCAAGACUUUAAAGGUGCCUCCAGGGAAGCUGGACAGCCUGAAGAAUAUCCCAAGCCUUCAAAUGGCAGAGAGACAAAUGCUUGAGGCAAAUGAGGAAUCUUUGGCACAACUGCAGGAAGAGAUAACUGAAGCUCAGCAAUCAGCAGAGCACAUCGAGGACACUGUGGAGCAACUGCAGAACAAAAUCCAGCUACUCAAGAAGCAGUUAGAGGAAGAUGAAAAAGAGGCCAGGAAGGUAUUCCAGGAAAAUGCCAGUGGAGAACUCCACCUUCCAGAACUCCCCAAGCACAGUUUUCAGGCACCCACUUUGCAGGAAGAAAUUCUGAAGACAAAGAAUCAGAAAGGUCUUUUAAAGGAUAUGAACACUAUUCAGCAGUCAGCUGACUUGAAGAACUUGUUAACCCUCAUUGAAAAGACCUAUGAGAAGGUGGACUUGCUUUGAGAAGAUGAAAUGUGUGGAGUCUCCUUUGAAGGAGAUAAUGCCAGCCAGCCCUCUGUGUUCAUGUAGAGUAGCAGGAUGCUGAGCAUGGAAACUGUUUUCUUUCUAAUGGCUUUGCUGUUGUGACUGCUGGAUUUCUGUUAAAACAUUUUCUGUGAAUACUGAUGUAUAAAUCUGUAGAUACAUUCUG